UUUUGAUUUUUGAUUUGACGUACUCUACAGAGCUUUCAAAAUAGAUGGCGGCCGUCCUGCUGACAGCUCUGUCUGCUCAGAUAAAAUAAUUCAACUAUUUUUGUGGUUUAGAUUUUCUUUUGUCUAAUGUUUUGUAGUGAGCCGAGGCCUGGGCAUUGCUGUGGAAGUCCGUCCUGCUGCUUCUGGAAGCUGGCGCUAUGCAUCCAGACCCUGGGUCCUUACAGACACUGCUGUGUAGCACCCUUAUGCUUCUGUGCUCUUCCGUAAGUUCAGACUUGACACCUUCUUUUAUUUCCGAGCCACUGUCUGCUGUCCAGAAACUUGGUGGACCUGUAGUACUACAUUGUUCUGCUAAACCCGUGACCGCUCAGAUCUCAUGGUUGCUUAAUGGAAAAAGAUUGGAUAGAAGCAUGGAACAGAUUAAGAUGCAUCAGGGGACUCUGACUAUUCUUUCUCUUAACCCCUCCCUUUCUGGUUGCUACCAGUGCGUUGCCAAUAAUAGCAUCGGUGCAAUUGUGAGCAGUCCUGCAACAAUAUCCACAGCAGUUCUUGGUGAUUUUGGUUCACCAACAAAGAAUGUUAUUACAGCAGAAGAAAACAGUACUGCUUUCGUUGGCUGCAAGGUACCAGACAGUAACCCCAAAGCUGAGGUGCGCUAUAAAAUACGGGGAAAAUGGCUGAAACAUUCCACAGAUAAUUACUUAAUCCUUCCAUCAGGAAAUCUUCAGAUUUUGAAUGUAUCCUUAGAGGACAAGGGGUCAUAUAAAUGUGCUGUUUAUAAUCCUGUGACAGAGGAAUUGAAAGUUGAACCCACUGGCCGAAAGCUCCUUGUGAGUCGCCCUUCUUCCGAGGAUUUUCACAUUCUUCACCCCACGCUUUCACAGGCACUAGGUGUUCUUCCGCGGAGCCCUGUAACCCUGGAGUGUGUAGUGAGGGGGGUCCCAGCGUCUCAAGUGUACUGGUUGAAGGAUGGCCGGGAUAUUGUGCUGGGAAGCAGCUGGAGAAGGUUGUAUUCUCACCUUACCACAGACAGCAUUGACCCGGGGGACUCUGGAAACUAUUCCUGUAUGGUGGGGAACAAGUCUGGAGACCUAAAGCAUGUGACGUACAUGGUGAACGUGCUGGAACAUGCUUCAAUUUCUAAAGGACUGCAGGAUCAGACGGUGUCUCUGGGUGCUACAGUACAUUUUACCUGUGAUGUUCAUGGGAACCCAGCCCCCAACCGUACCUGGUUUCAUAAUGCACAGCCUAUUCACCCUUCCCCACGACAUCUAACCACAGGAAAUGGGCUGAAAAUCAGUAGUGUUACCAUGGAAGAUUCUGGGCUGUAUCAGUGUAUAGCAGAUAACGGGAUUGGAUUUGAACAGUCUACUGGGAGACUUGAAAUUGAAAAAGACAGUGGAUUCAAGCCAGUUAUAAUUACAACGCCUGUAAGUGCAAAGGUGGUAGAUGGAGACGUUGUUACUUUGUCCUGCAAUGCCAGUGGACUGCCAGUUCCAGCCGUUCGUUGGUAUCACAGCCAUGGGCUGAUAACCAGCCAUCCGUCUCAAAUCCUUAGACCUAAAUCCCGAAAAUCACACUUAGUGAGACCCAAGGCCGUUAACGUGGAGCCUGUCUACUUCGUCAUGUCCCGAGCUGGCUCAAGCUCUCUCUAUAUUCAGGCUGUUACUCAGGAACAUGCUGGGAAAUACAUCUGUGAAGCUACAAAUCAAUAUGGCGCCGCGCAGUCCGAAGCAUUCCUCACAGUGGUUCCUUUUGAAACACAUACAAAAGCAGAAGCAGUGACACUGUCCGACGCCGCUCAGAGUGUUGACAGAGAGAGAAGAAGUGACUCAGAAGCCGGAUUUCUGAGCUCAUCCCCAGUGAGGUUACAUUCCAGCGUAGCGGAGUCAUCAUCCGAGAAAAAUGCCAGUGGUGCCUCUGUUCCUGAUGCCCCCAUUAUCCUGAGCCCUCCACAGACCCAUACACCAGAUACCUACCACCUGGUCUGGAGGUCUGGGAAGGACGGUGGGCUUCCUAUCAAUGCCUAUUUUGUGAAGUAUCGAAAGCUCGAUGAUGCUGUGGGUGUGGUGGGAAGCUGGCACACAGUCCGAGUCCCGGGAAGUGAAAACGAGCUCCAUUUAACAGAACUGGAGCCAUCUAGUCUCUAUGAAGUUUUGAUGGUAGCAAGAAGUGCAGCGGGAGAAGGGCAACCUGCCAUGUUGACCUUCCGAACUAGCAAAGAGAAAACAGCCUCAUCAAAAAACACCCAGGCGUCUGCUCCACCGGUGGGCAUCCCUAAGCAUCCUGUGGAUUCAGAGGCUGCACACAACUUUGGAGUGGUACUCACAGAUUCCUCUAGGCAUAGUGGAGUUCCAGAGGCCCCAGACCGGCCCACUAUCUCCACUGCGUCAGAGACCUCAGUCUACGUCACGUGGAUUCCUCGGGCAAAUGGGGGUUCUCCCAUCACUGCCUUCAAGGUGGAGUAUAAGCGGAUGCGGAGCAGUGAUUGGCUGGUAGCAGCUGAAGAUAUCCCUCCCUCCAAACUUUCUGUGGAAGUUCGUAGUUUAGAACCAGGUUCAACAUACAAGUUCCGAGUCAUUGCCAUCAACCAUUAUGGUGAGAGUUUUCGGAGUUCAGCUUCUCGACCUUAUCAGGUGGCUGGGUUCUCUAACCGUUUUUCCAGCCGUCCCAUAACCGGGCCUCACAUUGCAUACACAGAAGCAGUCAGCGACACGGAGAUCAUGCUGAAGUGGACGUACAUUCCAUCAAGUAAUAAUAACACUCCCAUUCAAGGAUUUUAUAUCUAUUACCGGCCAACAGACAGUGACAAUGACAGCGAUUAUAAGAGGGAUGUUGUCGAAGGUUCAAAGCAGUGGCACAUGAUUGGCCACCUGCAGCCAGAAACCUCCUAUGAUAUUAAAAUGCAGUGCUUCAACGAAGGAGGAGAAAGCGAGUUCAGUAACGUGAUGAUCUGUGAAACCAGAGUGAAACGUGUUCCUGGAGCGUCUGAGUCCCCUGUCAAAGACUUGAGUACCCCUCCACACUUCUCAGGAAGUGGAGGAAACAUCGGGUCUGCGACAAGCCCCGCCAGAAGCAGUGAUAUGUUAUAUCUGGUUGUUGGCGGUGUGCUAGGUGUCAUGGUGCUCAUACUUAUAGUUUUCAUUGCAAUGUGCCUGUGGAAGAACCGCCAACAGAAUUCCAUACAGAAAUAUGACCCACCAGGCUAUUUCCACCAAGGGUCAGAUGGUAACGGGCAGGUGGUAGAGUACACCACUCCCCUGGGCACAAGCCGGGUGAAUGGAAAUGUUCACGGGAGCUUCGUGAGGAACGGAAGUCUCAGCGGUGGUUGCGCCCAUCUUCACCACAAGGUCUCCAACGGGGUCAGCACCUUUGUGAACGGGAGCUUGAACGGAGGCCUCUGCUCUGGGCACACCAACUCUCUGACCAGGACACGAGUGGAUUUUGAACAUCCUCAUCACCUCCUCAAUAGCGGUGGGAUGUACAAAGCAGUGCCUCAGACUGACCCGUUGGAGUGCAUCAACUGCCGAAAUUGUCGUAACAACAAUAGAUGUUUCACCAAAACCAAUAGCACUUUCAGCAACAGCCCCCUUCCUUUGGUCCCGGUGGGUGCACCUUAUCCUCAGGACGGUUUGGAAAUGAAGCCCCUCAGUCAUGUGAAGAUGCCUGUGUGUCUGGCUUCCACAGUCCCCAGUUGUGGCCAGUUAUCCCAGGAGAGCAUCAAGGACAACGUGGCACCAAUACCUACCCAGCAUGCUUGCUGCCAGGACAAUAUAAAUGAGAUCAACUCUGGUUGCACAGAAGAUCCAGCAGAGUUCAACAGAGGAGACAGCUGUGUCUGUUCAGAAACAGAGAACACAAUUUUAAGUUGGAAUCCUCUUAUUUUACCACCUGUCUCAAAGGACUGUACUAAAAAGACAGCAUGGUCUCCUCCUGGCAUUCCUCUGGACAACCCUUCAGGGGUCCUUCAACAACCCCAGGAGACCUGAGGAUGGGCAGACGUCUAGUCCUGCUCCCCCAUGAAGCCAGUAACCGCACGAAACUGGCAUGGGGAUAAACUGUGUGAAGGACCUUAAUUCAAAUCAGAGAAAACCGUUAUUUAUUUUUUGUAGUAGAAUGUCAUAUGAAUGUAUCGUAAAAUGUUUGCCUUUUAUAUUAUUUAUGCCUUUAAAAAUUCCUUCCCGUCCUCAUUAGGAAGCAGCCGUGUUUUGCAUAGUUUUCAGCCACGUAGAGAGCAGUGGAUCAUCCCAUGUCUUCCAGGAACCUCAGUGACAGUAAGAACUAUUUGGGCAACGGAUUCAGCCUGUUGGCCUGUUCAGCCAAGAGGGGAUUGCCUUGCCCAGUCAGGUUUUCAGACGGGAAGUUGUCUCUCAAUACUGUGUUGUCAGACUCUCUGAGAACAUUUUAAAAUGAUCCACGGUUGUAACCUAACGUUUGUAAUAGCAGAUCUGACUUAUGCAUUUUUAUAACAGUGCCUUCCACAAACAUGAUAAUGUGACCUGUUGACUUACCCUCUGUCUGCAGCUGGCCACAAAUUAGGCUCAAUUUUCUAGGCACUGAUCAAAAAUAGUGUUAUGGACGUGGCUGAGUUUCAGGUCUAGUUGAACUAUGGCAGUAUGCGGAAAGGGAACCAAGGCCAGAGAGGAAAGUAUGUCCAACUACUAGAAAUUAGUUUAUAGGAUGGUCCCCAUGGGGCUCCUUUCGACUCUAAGACUAGGAGCAAAAUAAGAUUUUAAAGUGGUCCUUGAGAAAGAUAGCCGUUUUAAGAAGACAGGGGAGGAUUCCAAGGAUUCCAUCCUGGUAGAAGCUCUCUAGCGUAUUCCAUCAGUAUAGGAUUGUGUUCAUGAUACCACAUGAAAAGAGUCAUUUUCUAGCUUCCCGUGCGGACAACAGCCUGAAAGAUGUGACUGUCAGAAAAGACUUUGUUUGGAGGGAAAGGGGGAUGGGUGUUUGAAGUUUGUAGACAGGCAUCUAAAGCUUCAGUCAGCAGAGGUCACAAAUCAUAGCCACUGCUGCCUCUGAGUGACAAGGACACUUCCAGCCGCCUUUGGAAGGCUUUUUUCCUCCACAUUUAGAAAACCACUCUAAGUGUGUUUAAUGGCUAGGUCAAGCUUUCGUGAUCACUGCCCCUUUUGGGCUGUGCGUCCGUUUGGGAAAGAAAGAAAACGUUCUUUACGUAGUCGAGCAGUCACAGCGUAAGUGGAAAAAAAAGGUUAGUUUCCCAGAAGUUGCCGUGGGAUAGAAUAGAAUACUAUGUUAAUCGGUCCUCUGUAUAAGCACAUCAGUAUUCCCUUACAUAUGCCUAUAUAUUUUAUAACUAGAACUGUUAGUGAAAAUGUGCUGUUUAAGCUGGGUCACUGUGUAAGAGUUACUUCCAGUAGUAGAAUGGACUGAAUAUGGUUUCAUAGAAGGAUGUCAGGGAUGCUGUGGAAGCACAUUCUGCCUUCCGGAUGUCUGUGCCUGUAGUCUGCUGGCUUCAUUCUUCACAUUGCUUCGAUGCAGUUAGCUUUGGAGGAGGAUAGCUGCACACCUUAUUCCUGUGACGAGCGAAGGACGAAGUCCUAGGACACAGAAUGGGAAACCAGACCCAGUGUUGGCCGGUCCAGUCCCAGCAGUGCUGCCCCGGAGGGAGUUUAGAGGACUGGGGAGUGAAUGCUGGCACUCAGUCAUUUGGAUGCAGGCAGCAGGGGUAUU